AUGCUAUGGUACGCUGUCAAGAUGCGUGACCAUGAGAAAGUGAAGUUCUUCGUCGACUGUGGCGCAGAUCCUGCUGCUGCAGACUCGAAGAAUGUGACGCCUCUCCAUGUCGCUUUGAUGCAAGGCGAAUCCAUCGACGAAAUCAUAGCGAGAAUGUUGCUGCGUUCCCGACCGACAAUGUCAAUAUCCGAGAUCCUGCAGGACGGCCAGAGUGUGGAUCAGUUAUUUGUGGACCACUCCAAUAGUCCCGACAAUGCCAAUGCCAUGAAAUUCCUUCUGGAGAUGGGUGCGGAUGUCAACGCGCUCAACUCGGAACGCGAAACGCCGUUGAUGCAGGCAGUGCGCUACGGUGACCUCAAAGUCAUGAAAAUAUUGCUCGACCAAGAAAAUAUCAAUCUCUACGCGAAAAAUCGGUAUGGAUACACGGCGUUGCAUAUUGCUACCAUUGAUGGCCAGCUAGGAGCCCUCAGUCUGCUUCUAUCCAGCGAACGGCUAGACGUAAAUUGCCCGGACCGCUUCGGCAACUCCGCCUUCUGGCUGUCUGUGGAACUUGGGCGUGACGAUAUUAGCGAGCGUUUUCUCAAUGAUCGCAGAUUGAAUGUGAAUUUCAAGGGUGGUGAUACCAGAGCACGAUGGCAAACCACAGCUUUCUAUAUUGCUUGUUCGCGCAGGAAUAUCCGCAUUGUUUCUAGCAUACUUGCGGCGACACAUGUGUUGAGAGUGGAUCCCAACAUCCAAGGAGAUGGCCAAAAAAGUCCUCUUGGAAUUGCCGCAUAUCAAGGCGCCUACGAGUUGGUAAGAUUGCUGCUCAGCGCCGAUGGGAUUCGGAUCAAUGCAGUCGACGAGAAUGAAAAUGACCCCCUGUGGCUUGCGCUUCAGACGCAUUCCCUGUCGGUAGUGAAUCUAUUUUUGGACGACAGUCGACUUGACAUUAAUUGCCAGAACAACCGGCUCGGGGAUACGUACUUCAUUGCUGCAGCUCGUGAGGGCAAUGCUUGUUUGGUGAAGAGGCUACUUGGUAUCAGGGGCGCACGGCUUGAUGCAAGAAACAAGAAGAACCAAAGUGCGUUGGAGGUCGCUUGUCAACUGGAUCACCGCCGCAUCAUCCAGAUUUUGGUCGACGAAGGAGCGGCAAAUCAAUGA